GGCCCGUCUCGCGCAGCCAUCAGCCGCCGCUCGCGGGGUGGACUGCAGGGGGCGCCCUCCAGAGAAGGGCCGAGCGUCCCGUCGCCGAGUCCGGCAAGCAGCGCGGCGUCUCCCCGUUACACCUCUGCACCCCUCCUCCCAGCGCCGGUAGUCGCCGCUCCGGGGCCGCGGCCGCUUGAGGCAGAAGCUGUCAGGCCGCGCCGUCGUCACCGUUUCCGCCUCUGGGUACAGAACUGGUCCCCGGGCCCUGCCGCCGCCAUGAAGCUGCGGGUGCGGCUUCAGAAGCGGACCUGGCCCCUGGAGAUGCCAGAAGAGGAGCCGACGCUGGGGCAGCUGCGUGCGCACCUGAGCCAGGCCCUGCUGCCCACCUGGGGGUACAGUUCUGAUACCCGGUUUGCAAUUACAUUGAACAACAAGGAUGCCCUCACUGGAGAUGAAGAGACCUUGGCUUCAUAUGGGAUUGUUUCUGGGGACUUGAUAUGUUUGAUUCUUGAAGAUGCCAUUCCAGCACCUAACUUACCUUCAUCCACAGAUUCAGAGCAUUCCUCACUCCAGAAUAAUGACCAACCCUCUUUGGCCACCCCCUCCAGUCAGUCCAGCAUACAGGAUGAACAGCGGAGUGAUUCAUUCCAAGGAGAGGCAGCCCAAUCCGAUGUCUGGAAUGAUGGCAGUAUGCCAGGGCCUAGUCAAAAUGUUGAAGCUGAGUCAAUUGAAGAUAUUGUGGAUAUGGAUGAAGACACAGGUUUCUACCCCUCAGAACCAAUGCUCUGCAGUGAAUCAGAGGAAGGGCAAGUGCCCCAUUCAUUAGAGACCCUGUAUCAGUCAGCUGACUGUUCUAGUCCCAGUGAUGCCUUGAUAGUAUGCAUUCAUCUUCUCAUGUUGGAGUCGGGUUACAUACCUCAGGGGACUGAAACCAAAGCUAUUUCCAUGCCAGAGAGCUGGAAAUCGGGAGGAGUGUAUAAGCUGCAGUACACGCAUCCUCUCUGCGAGGGCGGCUCUGCUGCUCUCACCUGUGUGCCUUUGGGAAACCUGGUCGUCAUAAAUGCUACACUGAAAAUCAACAGUGAGAUUAGAAGUGUGAAAAGAUUGCAGCUGCUGCCAGAAUCUUUUAUUUGCAAAGAGGAACUAGGGGAAAAUGUAGCCAACAUCUACAAAGAUCUUCAGAAACUCUCUCGCCUCUUCAAAGACCAGCUGGUGUAUCCUCUUCUGGCUUUUACCCGACAAGCACUGAACCUACCAGAUGUAUUUGGGUUGGUAGUCCUUCCAUUGGAGCUGAAACUACGGAUCUUCCGACUUUUGGACGUUCGUUCUGUCCUGUCUUUGUCUGCAGUUUGUCGUGACCUCUUGAUCGCGUCAAAUGACCAACUUCUGUGGAGGUGUUUAUAUCUGCGGGACUUUCGAGAUGGUACAGUUAGAGUUCGAGACACAGAUUGGAAAGAAUUGUACAAGAAGAAGCACAAACAAAGAAAAGAAGCUCAGAGAAUUCGGCAUAUGAUGUUCCUGCCGCCGUCGUCACCCCACCCCAACCCAUUCUAUCCCAACCCCUUCCACCCCAGGCCUUUCCCUCCCAGCUCGCUCCUUCCUCCAGGAAUUAUUGGUGGUGAAUAUGAUGAAAGACUAAUACUUCCCUAUGUUGGGAACCCAAUCAAUUCACUCAUCCCUGGGCCUGGGGCGGCACCAGGCCAGUUCCCUCCACUCAGACCACGUUUUGAUCCAAUUGGCCCACUUCCAGGCCCUAACCCCAUCCUGCCAGGGCGAGGUGGCCCCAAUGACAGAUUUCCCUUAAGGCCCAGCAGGGGUCGGCCAACUGAUAGCCGGCUACCAUUCAUGUGAUUGACUUGCAACCCCACUCUGGAGCUUGUUUGGUUUUGUUUCUUAAAACUACAGCUAUCUUGUUGGGUUGCUGACCUCUAGUGUUUUCUGAUUGUGGCGGUGAGGAAUGUACUCACACAAGCCUUUCAGUAGGUGUAUUUAAAGCUCCAGGGGUGGUGUGGCCCAAAGGUUACUUCAUGACAAGGUUGGCCUUGAGAAUAGUUGGCUACUGACUUCCCUCUGAACUCCCCUCUAGAAUGAAGGUUGUUCAUCGAUAAUGUUCUGUACCAGAUUUUUAAAAAUUAAGUAUAAAUUGCAUGGCAGUCUCGACUUUUAUUACAUAAAGAUACGUAAUAAAUAUUCAGAACAGC